GCUAGUAUGCAAGGGUUUCAAGGCGAGUAGCUUGGGUUUUCAAAGUGCUUCUUACGUACAGGAAGCAUAUCUAGAUGACUGAAGUUGCAAUACCGCUCUUAUAUUCCAGCGUGUGCUUGCACUCUGAGAAUUCCUUGCAGAAGUUUACUGCACAUCUUCACUCUGCAGACCAGAUGUGGGAUUCUAUCCGCAGAAUCCCUUACUCUACCCCCGGGCGUUGGGUGCAAGUGCUUGAUCUUUCGGAAUUUCUCGUAGAGCUGGAUUCCUCGGCGUGCUAUGCAAUUAACGCACUUUUGACGCAGCUUUUCCCACUGCUGCCGUCCCUCGCAAAGUUGACUUUGUACUCUGGAUUUCUGCUGAGCCGUCGCGCGCUUGCGUCUCUCACACACAGAGAUGGCAGCUCCAAUAUUCGUGCACUGGGCGGAAUUUAUUACGAUCCCUUCAUAUAUUCUGCGGUGGCAACUGGUGAAGACCCUUUCGUUCAGUUGCUGCGGGUAUGUGUAAAUCUGGAGCUACUGGAGGUCACCGGGGUUGGUUUAGAUGACACUGAUCUCGAGUCACAUUUUGAUAACACCGAAAAUCUCAAAACACCACAUAUGGUCGCCCCGCUUUAUUUACCGCACCUACGAAGCCUUACGCUAUUAUCCAUGCCUUCCUCUUUGUUGAUGCAUGCUCUUUUGCAUACGCCCCUACCACGUUUACGGACACUGUCACUUACUCCGUAUGAUGACAUCCCCUUUCCUGCAUCACUCUCGUCCCUCUUUCUUGAGAAGCACGGGCAGUAUCUUCAUGCCAUCUUUCUCUUCACUCCGAAGUCUUGGCCUACACGCUAUCAUUCAUCACCCAUUACUAUACUCCACACAUCCCCACGUCUCAGGCACCUCUCUCUGGAAUAUCCGCUACCGGCUCUUACAAUUGCAUCUCAAACACCAUUAACCGAUGCAUCAUCACCAUUUAUUCAUCCCCUCCAGAUCUUGUCGAUUCCCCGACCUAACAGUGACUUCUGGGUCACUUUGGAGAGGCUCCUCCCCUUUCUCCCUUCCCUACAAAUUAUACGUACACGCGACGUGCGGUGGCUGAGGCGUGGAAUGACUUUCCGUGCUCAGGAGACUGGAGUACAAGGUGAGAUGAGGGAAUGGAACCGUCGCUUGACUCGUAGAGGCAUUCGAUUGCUGGACAGCAAUUGGAAGGAGUUACAGGACGUGUGAAUGUGGAAUAUUCAAACUCUUGGAACUAGCUAUCGCUUGCUGACGUCUUGUAUGUUUUCGUGUUUCCUACUCUCUGCUCCUUGCUGUAUGUAGCUUUUACCUCUCACCUCUCAAUAUCAAUCCUGUCUCUGCGAGUCAAGGAAUUA